AUGUUUAAACAAUCCGCUAGAUUGGCUAGACUCCCUGUUGGGGCUAGCAAGAGAAGAUUACACCAAGUUCCAAAGUUAAUAGAAGGCGAGAAGUUUGCCCAAAAUGGUAUCCAAGGUUUGUACACACCAAAUGGAUUUCAAAAGGCAUGGCUCGACUAUCAAAAGUACCUUACGAUAAAUUUAUCUCUUAACACAACUGGUACUGAAAAUGAGUUGAGAACUCCAUACCAAAUUCUCCUUCACACAGCAAAGCAAACUACCGAGCAACAUACCUAUCAUUUUGCAUCUCAAGCACACAAUAACCAUUUCUGUUUUGAACAAUUGGCCGAUAAAUCGUUUGCUUCUCAAACAAAACCUUCAAGAUAUUUUAUGGAAAAGUUAGCUGAUCAAGAUUUCAAUACUUUAGAAGAAUUUAGAGAAGAGUUUUUGCUUACAGCUGAUUCAACCUUGGGCCAAGGAUGGGUCUUUUUAGUUGAAAGACCAGACAAAUCUCUUAGAAUACUCAAAUGUAACAAUGAUGGUACUCCAUACCAUUACACCAAAAACCAAUCAUUAGACUUGAAUGGUAGUGUUGAUGAAGCAAGUUAUGAAUACUUGAACAGUUUAACCACCAAGGCUGCCAACGGUGAAAAGGAUUUCACCUUACCUAUUUUGGGUAUUAACUGUUGGGACUAUGCUUACAUCAAUGAUUAUGGUGUGACUGGUAAGGCAGAUUACUUGGCCAACUUCUGGGAUUGUAUUAACUGGGAUGUUGUCAACAAGAGACUUUUCCAAUUGUAA